CACGGAAGGAUCGGUGGUGAAACACUGAAACACACAGGAAAAAAACGAUUUGAGCAUGGGGAUGAUUCGGAGAUGACAAAAUUGAUCGAACAUUGUGAUAUUAUCUAUGUUACUGAAACCAUGUCAAUGUUGUUUUUGUUGUGCCGGUUCCCAUACUUCUGUUGUUCAUCUCAGACCUUUUUCCGAUUCAUUCGCUGAUGGAGCAAACACCGGAAGCCAACUUCAUAUCCGGUGACUCUCAUGCACCACAGGAAUCCAAGUUCAUCUUCCUUGACUGGCUCACUGAAAUCCAGGUAGUUGUAGGAAUUUUGUUGCUGGUGUUCACCCCAGUGCUUUUGUAUGUGAUCAUGCAGGCACAUUGGUGCAUCAGUGGCAGUAUUUGUGGACUACACAGACGAAGAGAGAACUAUAGUAUUGAGGCAAUUCUCAUUGCUGCAAAGAGAUCGGACAAGACUCCUUUGGAGGAAAAGAGGAUCGAAGAAACAAGGGACCACAUAUGCUUGUUUUUGCAAUUUGCCUCUAUGUCCGUCCUGGAGUAUGGCACUAUGAAGCAUUCCACGGCUUUUGCUGUGUUGCUAGCGCUGCUUGGGGUUUUUGCUCGGUCGGUGUUUUUACUUUAUCAGAACUUCGCGAGCUUGGAAUUGCAGGAUCAGGCAAGAAAGAAGAAGGACAACUUGGUCCCUGUGUCGAUUUAUACGGAUCUCCAUGCUGGGAACAUGUUCGCAUGCACGUGCAUGUUUGUGAUUCAAAUCAUGCUCUAUGGAUAUCUUCUUAUGUCCGUCUAUUACGGAGAGAAGCUCGUCCAUGAUAGUGUAAGUGAUCGAAUGUGGGUGCAAUAUGUGUGUGGCUCAGUCCUUGCUGGGACCCUACUGGGGUUUGAUGCUUCAUUCAUUCCUGGCGAAUGUCAACCUUUCUGGAAUUUUUACAAAUACCAGAGAGGUUUCAGACGCAAACAUCAUUUUGCGAGAAUCCGAUUUUUAAUGUCCUACACUGUGAAUGAACUGUUUGCUGCAACAGCGCACUUGGUGCUCCCCUUUGUCUUGAUGGAAGCGCCCGAGAACAUGGAUUUUGUCAAGGACGCAACAUGCGUUUUAUUCAUUGCCCAGCUGGACACAUUGCAAGUGGUUGCUCCAGAACAUGAAAAUCCCCUGGAAGGGGAAGAAUUUCAGCGGGCACAGGAUGAUCAGGAUUUUCCUGGAAAGGAAGAGAAAGAACUUCCCCUGCUGAAGGUUGAAAUUCCGAUUCCUGGAAGAGUCAUGAAAAAAAAGAAAAGAAAGAAAAAAGGCUACUCAAGAGGCAACAAUUCGAGACAUGAGCAGCAAGAGGAGCUUCCGCCUCAAACGCUGCCAGCUCUUCAAUCGUCAAUUGAACAGAUGCAGACACUGCCACACGACACUACAGAUUUGCAGCUUUCAGCAUCAGUUUGAUGCCUGAUCUAUCUCUGUAGGAUCUUUAGGGUGCAGUCGUUUCAGCCUUGAUAUGCCUUGAUUUCACACGGGUCCUUUGCAUACCGAAGAGUACUGGACACUACUUGCAAAGCGAGUACAGUAGUGUUGAACUGAAUUCAUGCCGGAGCGUUGAAACAAGGUGCAAAGCACCUCAAUCAAACUUAGGCGGAUUGAAA